AAAUUUAGAAACGCAAAAUAAUCGUAAUCGGUAAUCUAAACGAUUGCUCGAUCGUUAGAGUUAUCAAACGAGUACUCGGUUAUUCGGUAUAAUCGUUUCAGCCCUAAUAAUUAUAAUGUUUAAACGGGUGAAGUAUUCCGUUGGACGAACUGCCUGCCAUUGGAAUUUGAUGGAAUCAUUCGCUGGCUAAAUGCUUGCCAAUGCAGAAACUGCCUUGUCGUGUUCUUCGAGUGGUUGUGUAAUGGCAAAGAAGAGAUGGUGAUUGUCGCGACAUCGCUUCGGUACUAGCUGGCCAGAACUUGCUUCUGCUUGCUAUGCCUGUAUCUAUCAUCUCCACACUCCGACAAAAAGAUUGACUGUUUUCUUACUCUUUCAAUCAUGUCUCUCUCUCUCUCUCUCACGCACACACGCACGCACGCACACACACACACACACACACACACACACACACACACACACACACACACACACACACACACACACAUUUUCCCUGUCUUUGUAGUUGGAUGUUGUCACUAAGGUACCGGAGGGGAAGCGUAAUGGCUUGUUUGGAAAUUUAUUCUCAUCGUCGGCUUCAGCGGCUGAAGGCAAAAUGUCCGUCGAAGAGCAGAUGAAACAGCAGAGCUUGCAGUCUUGCUCACGUCAGGACUUGGAAACAUUUGUCAGUGCCCUGAUGGCCCAGAAAGGUGUGUUACAAGCCGAAAACACUGACUUGCGUUCCAGAAUGGAAGACACUGGUGACAUUAUUUCUCUCACUCGGUCAGCAAGUGCCGGACCUGCCUCUGCUGGAGGAGUGACUCCCUCCUCAUCAACUGGUAGUACUGCUGUGACUGCUGCUGCUGCUUCCACAGCUGUUGAUGACUUGCUGAGUGUAAGCUUAGGGUAUUCAUGUGCACACACGCACACGCGCACGCACACACACACACACACACACACACACACACACACACACACACACACAA